GGAGAGGUUCAAGUGCGGGUUUUCUCCUUGAACCUGGAAGAUCAUGGGUCAAGAGCUGUGUACAAAGACUCUCCAGCCUGGAGGCAGCUGCCAUCGCUGUUGGGAGGGAGGCGAUGCGCACGGCUGCAGGAGGACAGCGCCUGUGCCCGAGCCCGCGGAGGCUGCGAUCGAGCUGACAGACCUAAAAGAAGCAUCAUGUUCCAUGACUUCAUUUCACCCCCGGGGACUUCAGGCUGUCCGUGCCCGGAAGUUCAAGAGUAAAAGGCCACGGAGUAACAGUGAUUCUUUUCAGGAAGAGGAUCUGAGGCAGGGUUUUCAGUGGAGAAAGAGCCUCCCUUUUGGGGCAGCGUCAUCUUACCUGAACUUGGAGAAGCUGGGUGAAGGUUCUUACGCUACAGUUUACAAGGGGAUUAGCAGGAUAAAUGGACAACUAGUGGCUCUAAAAGUCAUCAGUAUGAAUGAGGAGGAAGGAGUCCCGUUUACAGCUAUUCGGGAAGCUUCUCUCUUGAAGGGUCUGAAACAUGCCAAUAUUGUGCUCCUACAUGACAUCAUCCACACGAGAGAGACUCUGACAUUCGUUUUUGAAUACAUGCACACAGACCUGGCCCAGUACAUGUCUCAGCACCCAGGAGGGCUUCAUCCUCACAAUGUCAGGCUUUUCAUGUUUCAACUUUUGCGGGGCCUGGCGUACAUCCACCACCAACACGUUCUUCACAGGGACCUGAAACCUCAGAACUUACUCAUCAGUCACCUGGGAGAGCUCAAACUGGCUGAUUUUGGUCUCGCUCGGGCAAAGUCCAUUCCCAGCCAGACAUACUCUUCCGAAGUUGUGACCCUCUGGUACCGGCCUCCUGAUGCUUUGCUGGGAGCCACUGAAUAUUCCUCUGAACUGGACAUAUGGGGUGCGGGCUGCAUCUUUAUUGAAAUGUUCCAGGGUGAACCUUUGUUUCCUGGGGUUUCCAGCAUCCUCGAACAGCUGGAGAAGAUCUGGGAGGUGUUGGGAGUCCCUACAGAGGAUACCUGGCCUGGAGUUUCCAAACUACCUAACUACAAUCCAGAAUGGUUCCCACUGCCGAAGCCUCGACGCCUUCAGAUUGUCUGGGACAGGUUGGGCAGGGUUCCAGAAGCUGAGGACCUGGCCUCCCAAAUGCUGAGAGGCUUUCCUAGAGACCGCGUCUCGGCCCAGGAGGCCCUGGUUCACGAGUAUUUCAGUUCCCUGCCAUCUCAGCUGCACCAGCUUCCCGAUGAGGAGUCUUUGUUUACAGUUUCGGGAGUGAGGCUAAAGCCAGAAAUGUGUGACCUUUUGGUCUCCUGCCGGAAGGGCCACCACCCAGCGCAGUUCAGCAAAUGCUGGUGAAGAGAGGGAGUGACAUCACCGACAUCCUUUUCAGGGCUACAAUACUGCUACUUCCGUUUUAAUUUGCUCGGCCUUACUAAGAAGCUUCAAAUCUAACUGCAGAAUGGACCAGGGUUUUCAUACCAUCACCUGUGACCUGGAAUAUUGUGAACAUGAGGUCUAAGGCCAUGGACAUGAUACUUGAAGAAAAACCGAUGAAUGAUUAUUGCUCUUGUCAUUUGCCAAAAUUGGCCAUUGAUUGGCUCAGAAAUUAGACAACAGCCUGAAAUAGUCUGAGAAGAGGAUUUCUGAAUGAUUUCAUCUAUUUUGUGAUUUGAAAGAGAGAUCACUGGGCCAGAAGGACCACAGGCCAGAUAAAAGGCUAAUUGAUUAAAAGAAUCUGGAGACAGAGCUGGGGCUUAAAAGGGCCUGUCCCUUCUGUGUUCUCUUACAAUUUCCCCCAACAAAAGGACUUCUGUAGCAAGGAGAGGAUUAGUCUAAAGUUCAGAAAAGUCUCAGGGAAGAUGGUUUCUUGGAUAAAGUUGUCAACAAAAGGACCUGCUGAAAACUCUUUGUUAAAAUUUCCUAGAGGGCGCUUCUAGAUUAUCAAACUGGAUUAUCAAACCACAUUACUACCCCAGUCCUGCUAGAUUUUAGAAGUUUGGAUUGAACCCCUGGUUAGAUUUCAAUUUUUGGCUCUCUCCUGCUGAAUCCCAGUUAUCAGUGAUGAUAGCAGAAGCGAGGAGGAACCUAAGCUCUGAUUCGAUGGUGGAGAGACACUGAAUAGAUAUAUCAGAACAAAGAGUUCCAAAGAUGUAAUUCAAGCCCCGCUGCACCAUCAGACACACAUGCGCGUGCGCACACACAACCCUCAAAUAAAAUGAGAGAGCGGUCUCAGCUAACACAUGAAUCAUUUUCCCCAACGACUCCUUCUAAAAGAAGCCAGGGAAACUCAAAUUACUCACCUAGGGAUCGGAUCAUCUACUCAGGAAAUGUAGUAGCCUAGAAACCAGACAUUUCUCUAUAUCCUUUAGAAGAACAAGGAAGAGCUAAUUAAGAAAGAAUUAAAAAGUAAUACCAACGCACCCAAAGUCUGAGAUAGGAAGAGGAAAAAUGCAUACAAAUAGCCCAAAGAAAUCUACCUUAGUAUUGGAUUUUAGUAAGGUGUUUGGCUAAACUUUUUCAAACACACCUGAAAGAUGGAACUGUGUGGGCUGGAUUAUGGAGCAAAGAUAUGUGUGCAGUGAAUGUGCUUUUUCAACCUAGAGAAAAGCCAACUGUGGAAA